AAUUGGAUGAGGUCUAUGUACAGCAAUAUCAUAUCCCUCUUUCCUUCAACAUAAAAACCCUCGCACAAAAACCCUUCCUCCACUGAUAAACCUCUCGAUCUGCAGCUAAGAUUCAAGAAACACCAACGAUGGAAACUCACUCUGACGGCACAGAUGAAAUCGCCGCCGUGGAGGAGCUCCGGCAACAGCACGAAACCCGUAUACAAACCCUACACAACGCUCAAUUGGAACUCAUCGCCUCACUACAAAACAUAGUUCCUGAUAUAGUCUCUUCACUCGACCUCUCUCUUAAGACCAUUUCAUCCUUCAAUGGAAAACCCUUCACCCCUUUACCCAGCCCACUCCCUAACGCCCCCAACCAUAACCCUAAUUUACUCGUCCCAAAGAUCAAUUCCAGUUCUGGUAAACGUGUUUCAGAACUUUCUAGAAGUGGUAGUGAGAAGGAGAAAAUGGUAAUUGAUGAAUGUGGGGGACCUUUGUCGGUUGUAAGGGCGAUGGUUGCAGUUUGUUUGUUAGAGAGAGUGCCGUUUACUGCUAUUGAUUCGUCUACUUUGUUAAGGAAGUUAGAGAAUGAUCAGUCACAUACGGCUGCUGAAAAGGCAGCGAUUAGGGAGCUCGGAGGGGAGUCGGGGGCGAUAGUGGCAGUGGAAAUGGCAUUGAAAUCGAUGGCGGAGGAUAAUGGUUGUGUAGAAUUGGAGAAUUUUGUGGUUAGCGGGAAGUCUAGGAUUAUGGUGUUGAAUAUUGAUAGAACUAGGCUAUUGAAAGAAUUGCCGGAAAGUAAGCAGAAUGAGGGAAGUGUUGGUGGAGGAAACCGGAAUAAUCAGGAAAUAGUGAAAAGAGGGAUUGAUAAUGGAGGAGCUUUUGGAAUGGGAAGGGCAAUGAGUGAAAUGUGGGAGCAUCCACAUAUGCAGGGGAUGACAGCUAUGUUUCCCGGGAAUAUGGGCGGUCCAAGAGGAGGGCAUAGAGGAAUGGUGGGUAUGAUGGGGAUGCCGAGAGGUGUUGGUGUUCCACCUCCUAUGCAUAGACCACCAAUGGGGCCAAAUGGGCCCAUAGGAGGAGGGAAUUCUAUUGCUUUAAAACCUAGGUCAGAAGAAGAUGAGCUGAAGGAUUUAGAGAAAAUGUUGAAUAAGAAAAGUUUUAAGGAAAUGCAGAAAUCAAAAACCGGAGAGGAGUUAUUGGACCUUAUUCAUCGUCCCACUGCGAAGGAAUCUGCCGUCGCUGCAAAGUUCAAAAGCAAAGGUGGUUCCCAGGUGAAGGAAUAUUGUUCAGCUUUAACAAAGGAAGAUUGUCGACGCCAAGCUGGUUCCUAUAUUGCUUGUGAUAAGGUUCAUUUUCGGCGAAUAAUUGCUGUGCAUACUGAUGUCAACUUGGGUGAUUGCUCUUUUCUUGAUACUUGCCGUCACAUGAAGACAUGCAAGUAUGUACAUUAUGAGCUUGACUCGACGCCAGAUGUAUCACCCCUGAUGAUGGGAGCAUCUACCUUGGCCCCUCCCAAGCCUUUGAAACCUCAGCGUGCUCAUUACUGUUCAGAAGUAGAGCUUGGUGAACCACAAUGGAUUAAUUGUGACAUACGGUCAUUUAGAAUGGAUAUUUUAGGGCAGUUUGGAGUUAUAAUGGCUGAUCCACCAUGGGAUAUUCAUAUGGAAUUGCCUUAUGGGACAAUGGCUGAUGAUGAAAUGCGCACUUUAAAUGUCCCUGCACUGCAAACUGAUGGUCUUAUAUUCCUUUGGGUCACCGGACGCGCAAUGGAGCUUGGACGGGAAUGUCUAGAGCUUUGGGGUUACAAACGUGUUGAGGAGAUUAUUUGGGUUAAGACCAAUCAACUUCAGCGAAUCAUCAGAACUGGACGGACAGGCCAUUGGCUCAAUCACAGCAAGGAACAUUGCCUUGUUGGAAUAAAGGGAAAUCCAGAGGUGAACAGGAAUAUUGAUACUGAUGUCAUAGUAGCAGAGGUCCGGGAAACAAGUCGUAAGCCAGAUGAGAUGUACCCCUUGCUUGAAAGAAUUAGUCCAAGGACAAGAAAGCUGGAGUUAUUUGCGCGGAUGCACAAUGUUCAUGGCGGGUGGAUGUCACUUGGAAACCAACUACAAGGGGUACGAUUAGUUGAUGAUGGGCUUAGGGCGCGGUUCAAGGCUGCAUAUCCAGAUGUGGAGGUGCAACCUUCAUCACCUCCAAGGCCAUCUGCAAUGGAAGUAGAUUCAAGUUCUAAUCAAAUAAGGAAUACAUUUGCUGGAGGGGAAUUAAAGGCUGCAGGGACCCAGGUCACUGAGACUACACCCCCAGAUGCAGCAGCCUAUGCAACUGAAGGAAAACCAGUAAACCGUGAUGUGGAGAUGACUAGCUAAGAACUUUGUCACAGAACUAAUUAUUUAUCCAUGUGCUGUUUCUACCUGUCUACACAAGAUUUUGCAGGUGGAUGUGGAGUACUACUUCCAUUAAGAUUCUCAGGCGGUGGGACGAGUCACAAUGUUCCUGCAGUUAACCAUCAAAAAGGAACCUUAAAGUAGUCCCCUCAGUAUAGUAGUUGAUAAAACGUACUACUACCUUCCUCUGUUGUUUCCUCGAAGAACAGGUAGUGUUUUACAUGUAACUUGUAAGCACACAUAUCUCUUAGUCCACUUAGUGAAUGGAUGAUCCAAGUUUUUGGUUGCAAUGUAAUCUACCAUCAUAGCUCAAGAAUGAUCUCAACAUACAUGAGUCAGUAAACUUUUAUUUAAUAACAUGCAUUUAGUGUUAA